AUGACGAAAUGCUUCCUGCUGCUCGCCUUCUUGGCGUUUCUCCUGCCGGCGGCCUACGCGACGUGCCACCCUGAUGACCUCCAAGCGCGGCGGGGCUUCGCCCGGAAGGUACUUGGAUCACUCAAAUAAUUCAUCGGUUGGUGAGGCACCCAAGGGUUUGACACUACUCAAGGGCCUCACCGUUGUGGACGUAUUGCUUUCACUAAUUUGCUAUUGUAUGUGAAGAGCAAUAGAAGAACACUCCAACAACAACAACCAAAUACCAUUACUGGGACCAACAACAGUGUCAGAUCUGGGAGUGGCAAUAUUGUAUCUGGGAACGGCAACACUGUUAUAUCUGGGGAUAACAACAAUGUUUCUGGGAGCAACAACACAGUCACAUCUGGGAGCAGCAAUGUCAUAGUUGACACCAACCAUGUCGUUACUGGGAGCAACAAUACUGAAUCCGGCAAUAAUAAUAGGGUAACUGGGAACAAUAAUGUUGUAUCAGGGAGCAACCAUGUCGUGUCCGGGGACAACAAAGUCGUAACUGGCAGUUAA